AAGUUGAUAUAAAAUAACUACACGUUUUACAUUUAAGGUAACGAUCAGUCAAAUAAUACACGUCUUGUUGUUGUACACGAUAAGAACGGCGGACGGAUCGAGGGAGCGUCGUGGGCAUUUAAAAACCGCUGCACCAACGGCGUGUACCAGAUCGAAUCAUUUAGACCGUAAGAGCAGGUUUUUUCGUUUCCGGCGCGCACCGGUGAACUGACAAGUGUACAGAAUGUGAGCAAAACACUUAAACGGCCGUCUUAUCGCUCUCGCGGAAACAAUUAAUCAAGCCGUCCUCUGCCCUACCAUUGGCCCGUAACCGUUUGACAGACGGCCGAUCGAAACACGUUCCACGUGAUCGCGACGUGUUCGCAGACGGCCGGCGAUGAGCGAAUGAUUCGACUGGCGGUGACGGCGGCGAAACCAUCAUGUACAGCGUGGUAGCACACCAGAACUACGGCCGCGAGCGUCGCGAUAACCGGCAGCAGACGCAACAGCACCAGCACGGACAGACGUCCCAGCAGCACCAUCACCACCAUCACCACCAUCACCAGCAUCAGCACGGUCACUCGGGCGGCGGAGGAGGCGGUGGCGGCAGUGGCGCGGACGGCGGCUGCGGGAGCGGAGACGGAACGGGACCCGGCGGUUCUUUGCGACAACAGUCCCAGCAGCACCACCACGCGGACGGCCGGAGACGGUCGCAAAGACACCGGAACCUGUCCAUCGCCGGACGUUUCCUCAACUAUCUCAAGCGCAGGUUCAACCCGACCCAAGAAGAAGAUAUUGAUGAGUUCAAUAUACACGUUUCAAGAUACAGACCAGAAGAAUUAACAAAGCUCACAAAAAUCACUAAAUUCAAUAAAAAAGAAAUCCAACUAAUUUAUAGGGGAUUCAAACAAGAGUGUCCUACAGGUAUGGUGGACGAAGAUUCGUUCAAACACAUUUUCUCACAAUUUUUUCCCCAAGGUGAUGCCUCACAAUAUGCCCAAUAUGUGUUCAAUACAAUCAAGAGAAAUCAAACUGGAAAAAUUAGUUUCGAGGAAUUUUUGGCCAUACUGUCUAAAGUUUCUCGAGGAAGUGUUCAAGAGAAACUGCAUUGGAUAUUUGGUUUAUAUGAUCUCAAUAAAGAUGGAGUUAUAACAAAAAAAGAAAUGCAAGACGUAGUACAUUCCAUUUAUAGUAUGCUGGGCAGACAUACUGAUCCACAGACAAAUGAUCAAUCUGCAAAAGACCACGUUGAUCGAAUUUUUCACUUGAUCGACAAAAAUAAUGACGGUAACGUGACCCUAGACGAGCUGAUCGAAUGGUGUAGCCGGGACGAGGGAAUACUUCAGUCGCUGGAUACGCUGGAUACGGUUUUGUGAAACGAGCCUCGCUCGCCCAACAUGCGCGUGGGCACGCGAGAUCGGGCGAGCCUGUUCAACUGGUAGACAAUGUGAACGUGAGAAAAAAUAGACAAAAUUAAAUCAAAUCGAAAAAAAAAAACAUUUUACAAAAACGAGCAACCGCACGCGAGCGCGCUGCAUAAACCAGCUAUUGUGACCGCGACGACCCUUUAUAACAAUCCCGGCAGUUCGGCGGGUGGACGUGAACCGGAAACAAUCACAUCGUCACCAUCGCUAACCGUGGAUACCACCACCGGAUACGCCAUCCGUCCAUAUACGCUAGAACAACCCUUGACCGACCGCAGUGAUAUAUAUUCAUGCAUGUGUGUGUUUUUAAUUGUUCGCGGUCGGUAGGUUAGUACACGUAUAUUGUAAUCGAACAAUAUUAUUUCGUAUUAGUCCGUAAUGAAUUAAAAAAAAAAUAAAAUAAAAUACAAUUAUUUUUAUCAAUUAAUAUAAUAUGUAAACACUAAAAAAUGGUUUACGGGAUUGGUACGAAAAAACAAAAAUAUAAAAAUAUAAUAAAAACAAGUAAACAUUGAAAAACAAAAAUAAAAAUAAACAAAACGCGUUUUAGAUAUUUCCUUCGCAGUAAAUGGUGUAUAAAUAGGUAACGGCGAUGUUACCGUUAUGUAAAAUAUUAUACCGUUAUCAUUGUGCAAAAGUUAUUGAUGAUAUUUUUCUGUUUGCUACAGGGUAAUUUA